AACGUUAACGUCAACGUCGAGUUUAUAAAUAGGACUUUAGACCGCUUGGUUUCAAAACACUGACACAGCGCACUGGGUGAACGUACUCAUUGGGCCUCUUGUUUGCCUCCCUACUGUCAGUUUGAUUUAAUUUUGACAGCAUGUUAGAAUGCCCUAUACUAUGCUAGUGGAUGGUUGAUGCAUGGUGGUUGAUGUUUGACAGUGACUAGUGACACGUGACACAGCUAGUAAUGUGACCUAGUGACGAUUGAAAUAAACGUUUUAUUUACCUUUUAUGUAUUAAAUUAUUUUUCAUAAAUAAAACUAAGUUUAAACAAAUGGAAGCAAAACAAGAAGUUAGUGAUGAGACGUGUCCAGCAGAAAUAUAUUGUAAUGCUAUUGAUGAUGGUCCUUUGGAUAUUUGUAAAAUUGAAAUUAAGGAAGAACCCCAAAAGGAACAUAUUAUACAGGAUACAUUUGAUUAUGUCUCCUUAAAUGAAAUUGUCAUAAAGACUGAAAUAAACCAAGAGGAACAUAAACGGUCGUCAUUUAAAGAAAGACAAACAAUUCCAAACGGCUUUCCCCCAGAGGAGAACACAUUGGAAAGUAUGAAAACAAUACCCGUACAUACAUUUAAUGAAGACCAACACAUGAGUCAAUCUGUUGAAGAAAAUACAUUCAAAUGUGAAGUUUGUUUUAAGCAGUUUGCGAUGAAACGUUAUUUAAAAAAUCAUUUGAGGGUGCACAUUGUAGAAAAACCUUUUGAGUGUGAAAUUUGUUUUAAGCAGUUCAGCCAAAAAAGUUCCUUGAAAAUACACAUGAGGCUGCACACUGGAGAAACGCCUUACAAGUGCGAUAUUUGUUUAAAAAAGUUUGCUCAUAAACGAAGUUUCAAUGAACACGCAAACAUUCACACUGGAGAAAAACCAUACAAGUGUGAAAUUUGUUCUAAACAGUUUGCUCGAAAAGAUUAUUUAAAUGAACACAUGUACGAUCACAAUGAUGAAAAACGAUACAAGUGUGAAGUUUGCUUUAAGCAGUUUAACCGAAUAGGUAAUUUAAAAAGACAUUUGACAGUGCACACUGGGGAAAAACGUUAUCAGUGUGAAAUUUGUUUGAAGCAAUUCACUGAAGCAGGCACUUUGAAAAAGCAUUUGAGACUACACACUGGAGAAAAGCCUUACCAGUGUAAAGUUUGUUUAAAACAGUUUACUCGUAAACAACGUUUUAAUGAACAUGCAAACAUUCACACUGGAGAAAAACCAUUCAAGUGUGAAAUUUGUUCUAAACAGUUUGCUCGAAAAGAUUAUUUAACUGAACACAUGUACGAUCACAGUGAUGAAAAACGAUACAAGUGUGAAAUUUGCUUUAAGCAGUUUAACCGAAUAAAUAAUUUUAAAAGACAUUUGAGUGUGCACACUGGGGAAAAACGUUAUCAGUGUGAAAUUUGUUUAAGGCAAUUUAGAGAAAGGUCAAGCUUGAAAAGCCAUUUGAGAAUACACACUGGAGAAACGCCUUACAAGUGCGAAAUCUGUUUUAAACAGUUUUCUCGAAAAGAUUUUUUAAAUGAACACAUGUACAUUCAUACUGGAGAAGAUCCAUACAAGUGUGAGAUUUGUUUUAAGCAGUUUUCUAAAGCAUCUAAUAUGAAACAACAUGUGAGAUUGCACACUGGAGAAACGCCUUAUAAGUGUGAAAUUUGUUAUAAGCAAUUUAGCCAAAAAAUUAGUUUGAAAAAACAUAUGAUACUGCAUACUGGGGAAAAACCUUACCAGUGUGAAAUUUGUUUGAAACAGUUUGCUCGAAAAGAUUGUUUAAAUGAACACAUGUACGAUCACAGUGAUGAAAAACGAUACAAAUGUGAAAUCUGUUUUAAGCAGUUUUCUAAAGCAUCUAAUAUGAAACAACAUGUGAGAUUGCACACUGGAGAAACACCUUACGAGUGUGAAAUUUGUUCUAAGCAGUUUAGCCACAAAAGUACUUUAAAAAAACACAUGAGACUGCACACUAGAGAAACGCCUUAUAAGUGUGAUAUUUGUUUUAAUCAGUUUAACCAAAUAAGUAGUUUGAAAAGACAUAUGAGAGUGCACACUGGGGAAAAACCGUACCAUUGUGAAACUUGUUUUAAGCAAUUCAGUGAAGCAGGAACUUUGAAAACGCAUUUGAGAGUACACACUGGGGAAAAACCAUACCAGUGUGAAAUUUGUUUGAAGCAAUUCAGUGAAGCAGGAACUUUGAAAAGGCAUUUGAGAGUACACACUGAAGAGAAGCCUUACAACUGUGAUAUUUGUUUAAAAAAGUUUGUUCGUAAACAAAGUUUAAAUGAACAUGCAAAAAUUCACACUAAAAAGCAACCAUAGAAGUGUGAAUUUGUUUUAAGCAGUUCAUCCAGAAAAUAAUUUUCAAACAACUUAUAAGAAUUAAACAUUACCAGUUUUAAAUUUGUAUUUGUUUUGAGCAAUUGAAUGAGCGUUUGAAAAAGGAUAAUGUUGUGUCAUGUAUUCCUACUUUAGACAACACCCCAUACGUUACUUGCUAGCUUGCCGGGUUGGUAGAGACCAUGAUGUUAGAAACAUGGCAAAGGGAUUUUAUGUUAGGAGUUUCUAGAUCAAGCAUGGCAUUGUAUGUAGGAUGUACAAUAAAUGUGUUACUUUCUUUUAA